AUGGACUGCUCAAGUGGUGGGUAUUUUGCUUUUUACAUUGUACUUGCUCUCUGCUUUCUAGCAACGGGACAUUUGAGCGCUCCAAAGGCAGCGAACCAUCAUGCCGCCGCUGUGGCGUUGGCUUGCCUUGUUCUGGGAGCCUUCUGCACGGAAGGCUCUCAGGGGCCCCUCAUCAUCAAUCCCUUUUGCCCAGCUGGUGGUGCUCCAAACACAAGACAACGUAGCAUAUUUAGUCCUUGUCUAAGAGUGCAGACACCACCCCAUGGAGUCUCGUUGGAGUGGCUUUCUGCUUCUGGCAAGACAGGGGCCUCACGGAACCCCCAGGCGGCUUACUACUGGUCAACAUCGAAGGGACCCUCUUCGUCUUCGAGAUCAACUGCCAGCACAGGAGCGCAGCCUUUCCCACGGAUAUUCACUGCGGCAGCUGCCACGAUCGCGCUGCGGCGAUCACACAGCUGCAGGGCCCCUUGUUGCCCCUGCAGAUUCUUGGGAGACUCCGUGGGGGAGGAACUCUCCCCUGAAUAUGCGACGCCAGCGCCUCUUCAAGCCAGAGACUGGACGUCGAAUUCCCUUGCAUUGCCAGCUGGCCAUGUUCUGCUCUAUUCGCAUGAGCCCUGCCGGCGUUCUCAUGCAUUCGAUUGGGCAGCAACAGCUGCUGCAGCUGCUGCCGCUGCUGCUGCGACGAAGGACCGGAGAAAGUACCUGCAAAGGAAGCAUCGGCACUGGAAGCCUCCUAAGGUCCCUCAGCGUUACCUACGCGAAGAAGGAGAUGCAGUGGGGCCUAAGAUCCCUCGCUUUCCGGAAAACCGCUCCUUAACGGGGGGAGGCAGCCUUAAGGUCCAGGAUCUUGAGGGCCUAAGCGCUUCCCGUGGCGGAGAUACCUCCGGAGUUCGGUUCCUAGAAAGGCAGAAGAAACCGCACGAGGUGAUUGGCCAAACAGAAAAAUCGAUAUGGGGAGACGUCUUUUACUCGGCAGUCGCGCACAGCAGAGCCUGCGGAGGGCAAACCCGUAAGGCAGUUAAGCGGGCAUCUAGCAAGUCCAGCCUCUUAAGGUCGUGCAUAGGGACUAUUCUGGCUUUUCCUUGCAUGCUACAUGUUGCGAUAUCGACGCUCCUCUCGCUGCUGCUGCUGACGCUUUGUGGCGUGCAGCAUCAGUGGAAGCAGGCGGCACUGCUGCCCCUGGCAGACGCGGUGCCUUCGCUGAAGAAAGAAGACAUCGAGGGCCCCCCUGCUAUUUCGAAGACUUCCAGCCGUUUUGCCUUGUUGGGAGCUUACAAGGGGACAGAGAGAGACUUUUUUAAGCGCUUCUUCAGAGAUCGAGAUAGAGCCCUUGACGGAAGGCAACAGGAGCUGCAGCAGCUGGAGAAGCAGCAGAAACAGCUGCUUUUGCAACAGGCAAUGUCAAAAAGCCGGCGGUAUAUCCCUCCCAAAGAAUACUGGUACUCGGGGCCCUACGAGCCGCCGACGGUCUUUACGGCCAGUACGUUGGGUGCUCGAGACUUGAAGUUUGUUCUUAUGAGAGAAGCCCACAGGAUUCGAUCGGGCGAAGCUGUAGAUUUGUCUGUGUGGAAGGCCCUAGAGGCGCGAGCUGCAGCGAUCUGCAGAGACUCCCGAAAUGUGACAGCUCGCACCCUUCUUAGGAUGCUGCAGGCUUUUGCUGCAGUCCAGUUGCCCUUACAGCCCACGCAUGUUGAAGAUUUCACCAGGGCCAUUGUGAAGAAACAAGCGGAAAUGAGGCCGGAAAACUAUGUACAUCUCUUCCAGGCCCUUGCCCGGUUGCGGUUAAAGCACCGAAUUUGCCUUAUCGGGCUGCAGGAGAUGAUUCUUUCGUGGGCCAUCCUCCGCAAUAAUUUCUUGAUCAAAGCCGCGAAUGCCUUGAGCAAGCUAGACCUCGCCGCCCACAUGUCGGUCACUCCUCUUAAGUUGGUCUUGGCAGCGCGUAUUCCCACGUUCACUGCCAUAAACUGCCGAGCGGUCAAGUGGGGAACUGGCGUGGAGCUCUUUUCUUCAGCGAUGCUCAUCGACUUUCUGAACUGCGCAGCCAAGCAGCAGAAACGGCAUGUGCUGCAGCGGCACUCCAGAGACCUGCAGCUGAUGGAACUCUAUCUCAGGGUGCAGAAGCCUGAGGUGUAUGAACAGCUGGACCUUGAGACCCAGUACUUCUUGGAAGUCAUUCGCAAUGCCAGCACUGCCACCUUCAGCGACUCUAGUGAUGACGAGGAAUACACGGGCGAACCAGAUGGAAUCACCCAAAGCGACUCGCCGUCUUGGGGUGUCUGGGCACGUCGUUCUAUACCUGACGAGGUCUGCGAACCAACUCCAGGCCCGGCUUACAGAGAGGCGAUGGAGGCGGAAAGCUUCUAUACGCCAGCAGAGCCAAAGCCACAGAGCCGCUUAGAGCCUCCCGCAGGGGUAGGAGGCCCUCCUCAGGACAAGGCAGGAGAGGCAGAGCUGACAAAGGCCAACGGUACAGAGACAGAAGAAGUGUGCACGCAUGCUGUAUUUAGUAGUGCUCUGCAUAGAGAUAUCAGCAGAGUGCUGAACCUCAUGGAAGUGCCGCACAUAAACUCCGCGAGUGCCGGCCCCUUGAAGGCAGACUGUUACCUGCCGCAUGCCCGAGCGGUUAUUGAAGCUGUGUCUGCCUAUCAGCUCUAUACCAACACACAGACGCCCACAACUUUAAGUAGACUGUGA